AUGGUUGGAUCAGCUUUGAUGGAGGCAGGACACGAGGUGCAUAGGGUUUUAGAGUCGAGAGAUGCAUCGUUUUACGUGAGGUUUUCCCUACUGCUCGGAAAUAUCUACCUAUCAACCAGUCUCUCGCCCAUCAACACAAAUCUCACCGUCUUGAAUGAAUACCUCCUUGGGGUGACCUCCUAUGAAGAUUUGGUUAGGGAGUCUCUAAUACCUUGGCUUGAUCCUAAUGACUUUCGGUUCAUCCGCGGAUUACAUGUUGAGAUCUAUUGUGAGGCAGUUUUUGAAGACUGGCUGCCCCCGAAUGACCUCCUGGGCCAUCCCUCUACCCAACUCUUCAUCACUCACUGCGGCAACAACGGACAGCAUGAAGCUCUCUAUCACGGCGUCCCGAUGUUGGGAUUCCCGCUUUUUGCUGAACAGGACAAAAAUGCCAGGAAGAUCAUCGCCCUUGAUUACGGUAUAACCAUGGAUAUUUUAAGUUUCACGAAGACGAAAUCAUUUGAGAACAUUCAAGAAGUUAUUCACAACCCGAAGUACAAAACCACCAUUCAACGUGUCUCGAAGGCCUUCAGAGAGCAACCAAUGACAGCCCGGCAAAAAACAGUUUUCUGGAUUGAGCACGUGAUCAAACAUGGCGGCGAUCCUCUGAGAUCAAGCGCCAUGGAUCUGCCUAUGUAUCAAUUUCUAUGUUUCGAUACUCUAGCACUUCUCAUCAAAUAUAAACUCGACAAAACUUUCCACACAAAAUACAACGAAACAGAAUCACUGCCCUACCGAAAGCAAUGCAAGUUAUAA